UUGUGGAACUUUGAGCAACCGUUUCGAGUGUGGACGUGUUGAUCAAUAUCAAUAGACCACAACAAAGAUGGCCGAAUAUCUUGCAUCGAUUUUUGGAACAGAAAAGGACAAAGUCAACUGCUCAUUUUACUUCAAAAUCGGAGCAUGCAGACACGGAGAAAGAUGUUCAAGAUUGCACAACAAACCAACAUUUAGUCAGACUGUUUUGCUGCAGAACCUCUACCUUAACCCACAGAAUGCUGCCCUCACAGCUGACGGAUCUCACAUCCAAAUGGAUGAAAUGGAAAUUCAGCAGCACUAUGAUGAAUUCUUUGAAGAGAUUUAUGUUGAAAUGGAAAAGUAUGGUGAGAUAGAGGAGAUGAAUGUCUGUGACAACAUGGGGGACCAUCUCGUGGGAAAUGUCUACGUCAAGUUUCGUUAUGAGGAAGAUGCUGAGAAAGCAGUAAACGACCUGAACAAUCGCUGGUUCAACGGACGCCCAAUCCACUCAGAGUUGUCGCCCGUCACUGACUUCAGGGAAGCAUGCUGUAGGCAGUAUGAAAUGGGGGAGUGCACCCGUGGUGGUUUCUGCAACUUCAUGCACCUUAAGCCCAUCUCCCGUGAACUCAGGCGAGAACUGUACGGUCGAUCCCGCAAAACCAAGAGGAGGUCGGUCCCAAAGGAUCUUAAGUCUCGUUCCCCACCCACAAGGCGUUCCCGUUCCCGUAGUCGUGACAAGAAGAGGAGUCGCAGUCGUGAACGAAGGAGGUCAAGGUCACGUGACCGCAGAGGACGUUUCUGAUUGGAUUAGCUUGUGGAGGUCUCUGAUUCAACAGAGGAGGCCUCUGAUUAGUUGAGCAGGGAUGGCAUCUUAUUGGCUUGGCAUUGGCCUCUGAUUGGACAGAAUGUUCAUGUGUUUAUAGAUACAAUUUGAAAAAGUUUAGUUUUUUCUUUCAUAUGACAUUAUCAUUUUUUAUUCAUGUAAGCAUAUCAGAUGUUUGAAAUUUAAGAUUCUAAAAAUAAAACAACAUUUUCUUAGUUUUUAUUAAAAUUCCUAUUUCAUAAAAAUUAUAUCACUAUCAUGUGUAAAUAUUCUUAUCAUCCUUUUUGAAUUAAGAAUUGAUGGGUAUUUUGGACACUUUAAUAUUUAAAUGUCUUUCUUGUGGUUUAAGGAAGAUAACAAGUUUUAAUUUCAUACUUCAUUUAAACUGUAUAUGUACAGUCUGUUUGUCAAUAAAUUGAUUCACAUGAGCUAC